UCUUUGUACUCAUUAAAAACCAACAUCAGGCUAACCAAAUGCCUGCAGGCUGGGAAGAGCCAGCGGCUCCCGCAUCGGCCUGCUUCGCUUAGACUCAGCUGUUAACUCACCUCCCUGACGUGGGACCCACCGAGCCGCUUCUCUGGCUUUAAAGUUCAGCCCUCCUUCACUCCUUGGUCGGUUCACGAUAAUGUUGAGCAGCGUUGCUCUGCGCUCCCAGAUCGCCUCCGUGAUUGAUGCCUUGUCCAAAGCAGCCGUGGCAGAAAUUGCCAAAGUUGUGGAGGAUGGCAUGGUGGUGCUGCGGCUGGAAAUGUGCCAGCGUGAAAACGAGAUCAAGAAGCUGAAGAGCAACAUCGAGCUCCUGCACGGCGAGCUGAGAGUAACCCAGCAGGCGGUGACCCUGAGACCCGACCACCACGGGAGAGAUGAAAGCCAGGGUGGUGCUGGUGAUGUGAAGAACUCUCUUGAAAAUGUGCAUGCUGAUGAUGGACCCGCCACCCUGUCUGUACCUGAAGUGAAGGUCAAAUGUGAACCUGUGGAGGAGGAAAAUCAACAGGCCAGCAGACAGUCCGACAAACCAGGAGAAGAGCUGCCUCUGUAUGAAAGUGGACAGUGGAGAUCAACGACACAAAAUGAGACUGGACACAACAGCUCUCAUUAUUUACGUUUAGGACAGAACUCCCUGUCGUGUCUUCCCGAAUCGUCUUUGGACAGUGGGCUGGUCGUGUCCUGCAGCAGCUCUGGUGGAUUUCAGCAGAACCACUUUGGUCGUGGGUUACUGGGUUAUAGUCUGUACCGCAAUGCGUACAACACGGCACGGAGGAGGACGGUAAAGAGGUUGAUGUUUAAGAAAGGCUUUAUCUGUCCGUACUGCGGCAAAUGUUUCGAGCGCGCGGGGCAUCUCGAGCGGCAUAAAAGGAUCCACACUGGUGAGAAGCCAUACCGCUGCGAGAUAUGUGGGAGGCGGUUCAAUCAGAAAUGCAGCCUCAAGGAGCACACAAAGAUUCACAGAAGAUGUAUUCAGUCAGGACCUGUUGAGAUCCAAGUGGCUGAGCAGAAACUGAUUCCUGAGGUGAAUCCACCUAUUGAUGCGCAUCGCCCUGAAGAAGCGAUCGUUGAAGAUGCUCUACCUAAGAGUGAGGACAUUCUGCCAACACUUGUACAGGUUAAAUCAGAGCCUGCAGAGAAGAAUAUCACACCGCCACCGCUCUUUCACGGGGGGAACGAGCAGACAAGAGAAGGAGUUGAAACCCUCGGCGACACCUUCGCAGCGUUUGAGAGAGACAGCCAGCAGUGGAUGCCCAGACUACAAAACAACCCUGAGAUGGGCAGUACAGAAUUUCUUAGCAGCUCGGAGCAAAACAUGCCAUCGUUCCCCGGGAUGGCUCAGUUACUCUCUCCACCAGCUGAAGCUUCUUGUAGCACCUUCUCUUUCCCAGGAAAACCGUACGGCGAACUCAAAAACAGCAUGAUCUCCCAAACGCCCUUUGGAUCCUCAGACCCUCUUAUGAUCUCACACGAAGGAGGCUUGCACGGUAUGACAGAGACCUUGAUGAAUCAUGUGCAUCAGAGGAGAAGCAGAUCUUUUCAGGUAAUCAAACCAAAGAAGUGCUUCAUCUGCUCGUACUGCGGCAAGAUCUUCGAGCGAGCCGGACACCUUGAAAGGCAUUUGCGAAUUCAUACCGGCGAGAAGCCGUACGGCUGCCACAUCUGUGGGAGGUGCUUCAAUCAGAAGAGUAGCCUCAAAGGCCACAUGAAGACACACAGAAAUGGAGAAAACCCAGAUGUGCUGGAGCCCCCGCACAUGAUGUUUACACUUCCUGAUAACACACUGUUGCAGAACUUGGCAGAAUCUAAGAAUGGACUACCACCUUUUGAGGAACCCUUACCAGGCCCCACAUACGGUGAGACGGCCAGGGAGGAAACUGUUAUGGUAAAGCUGGAGCCUAAUGGAGAGAAUUUUCAGGCUGUAGGUCAGGUAGGGACUGAUAAUGGCACGGCAGCACCAGAUCAAAGUCAGCUGUGGACGUCUGGGCUUGAGAAGAGCAGCGAUGCCCCUGAACAAACUCUCUGUGUACUUCUACAAGAUGUCAAGUAUCACCUCAGUCCUGCUGCCGGAGCCGCGAGUGAGCAGCAGGGAUAUACGUCGCCGAUCAAGGAUCUGCCUUUUCUAGACAAAGAAAAUGAAGAAAUGAUGCUCAGCAACCAGUAUUCUGUCAUAGCCAUGCAACCCAGCAGCUCUGAUAUAACUCUCACACCUGAGCCACACAAUCAGCAUAUCAUACACAAGGUGGCUGUGAGUGAUUACAACACAGCGAAUGACCGGACUCCUGAAGUGAGUGUUUUUGGAUUUAACAUGAACUCGUCAACUGACCGUGAGGGAAACUGCGGCGAGAAGUCUGCCACGCAAAACUGCUUCAUAUGCUCGAACUGUGGCCAAAGCUUUGAUAGCUUCGAUAUAUUUCAGAGACACCGGUGUGAGAAAAUCACAGAGCAGCCUUUCAGCUGUGAGAUCUGUGGAAAGAUCAACAUGGCGACGUGCAUUCCCUUUCAAACACAGUUAUCCUCAAUAAUGGAGGUUCUGGUGAAGGCAGCAGUGGCAGAGAUAUCCAAACUAGUCGAUGACAAAUGUGCGUUUCUGCAUCUUGAAAUAUCCCGAAAGCAGAGCGAGAACGAGAUGCUGAAGAGGAAACUGCUGGUGAUGGAGAGCAAAAAUGCGCAGCUGCAGCGAGGAUUCGAAAACUACAUGGACAGAGGAACUGAUGUGGGGAGCAACUGUCCGCACCCUGCAAGAGAUAUGAAGUUUCCUGAGAUUGAAGAUGCAACUGUUUCCUUCACAAUUAAAGAAGAAAGUCCAGAUGAGGCACUAUGGAUCAGUGAUUCUGCUGGACCAAUUGGUUCUGCUGUUCAGUACCCUAACACUGCUAGUGCUCCAGAGAACCAGCAGUUUGAAGAGGGCCACCAGUUAACCCAUCCAGAGGUUGCCAGACAGAAGCCAUCAGAGUUCAGUGACUCGUUUAACUCUGCCCAGCGUGCAGUAGACAUCAGUAGCCUUCAGUUCACAGUGAAGACAGAGAAGGAAGAAGAUCGACUGGCAUUCAGACAGGAUGGGUGCCAGCACAAUGUGGGGAAGCAGACGCAACUUGCUGCUGAAUUUUCAUUGGAUGAAAGAGAGAACCAAAUUUGGUCAUCCAUAAUUGAAGGUAAUGACAUUGACACUGGUUUCCCUGACUUCUCUAGUGUAGUAGAGGAGUAUUCCAACACGUACCCGGACCAUUCAGAUCCAAAUGUAACUUCUAACCUGAGCAAGUCGACUAACGUCCAGCAGUUGCCUUCUCAGAGGCUUUGCAAUGGGAUUUACAACAGCGAAUAUCAGAAGGACGUUCCACAGUCGUCAGAUUUCCAGCCUAGGUCGCAGGCUCUGUUGUUGCAGCAAGACAAGCAGAAGGAACAAAUUUACCCGCAGAGAAACGCGUCACACUCCACUCACCUGAGCCAGCUUGAGGAAGACCCUGAGAGGGAGACCGCAACUCGAGACGGACCAGUUGUAACUCAGUCGCACAACACGUUCACACCGAGCAGCUUUAACCCUCACAGCCUACACAAACCCCUCUCCGGGACGGCCCGAUGCUACGGGUGCUCGCAGUGCGGAAAGUCGUUCAGCCGCCUCCACCAGUUCAAGCUGCACCAGCAGAGCCACAAGAGAAAGCGAGCGUUUUGGUGCACAGUGUGCGGGAAGAGUUUCCAGUGCUCGUCGCACCUCAGCAUACACCACCGGACUCACACGGGAGAGAAGCCGUACGGUUGCGGACAGUGCGGGAAGAGGUUCACGCAGCAGAGCAGCCUGAGGGUUCACCAGCGGACGCACAGCGGGGAACGACCAUACAGCUGCUCACAGUGCGGGAAAACCUUCAUCCUCAUGCAUCAUUUAAAGCGGCACAGAAUCAUUCACACCUACAGCUGAGGUGGUGCGAGUGGUCGAGGUGAAAGACGACAGUCUGAGAAUCAAAUAUUCAGUGAACGGCAGCUUUUUUUUUUCCAGUGGGAUUUUUUUUUUUAACCAUAUGGCAUUACUGAACAACUUUGUAUAUUAAUGCAUAUUUUACUAUGCAAAAUCCAUCUGCGUGGAUAUCAACAUGUUUGCUUCUUUUUAAGUACUUAAAAUGAUCAAAAUGUGAAACUGAACU